CUUUGGUCAGAUUUUCUUAUCAUCAUCAAGCUGCUUAACAGUCUCUUGAAAAAUGUCUCGCGAUGCGUUUGGGAACCUCCGUCUGACGCUUCAUUUAUUUCCCUGUUGUUGGGCAGCUUUCAGCGGCCACUAAGCGCUUCACGGAUCAGAAAGAUGUUUUCCUCUUGUGAUUUCCCGGCCACGGAAAUUGAUGAACCUGAAAUAAGUGCAAGAGGGUCGAAGCCACAUUCUCCUUCCAGACCUUCCAUCAUCAGGUCUGACUUCGGCGACAACAACAGAAUUCAUCUUGGUGAUCUAAACUAUCAUUUCCCAAGCGGCUCGUACCAUCCUAGUACACCCUUCCAGAAAAACGACUCAUUUCUUUCCGACGUGUCGGCCAUUGACCCUCAGAACCAAAGAUCCUGGAUCAAAAGUCUCAAUCCAGCUUGGUAUGCAAGGGCAUUUAGCGACUUACUUGGUGAAAAUGAGGAAUUUGGGAAAUGGUUGACGAGUAAUGCCGGCCAACUUCUCUGGGUACGCAAUGAAUCUGGCUUUGGACGCCCACUCCUGGCCGCCAAGAUGUUGGACGCGUUCGAGUCCAAUGCCUUGUUCCGAGACCCCGUCGUCUCCCACUUCUUUUGCGUCCCGGGCAAAGCCACUCCGCUGCUGACUGUCACCGACGUUCUUGCGGGACUGGUAUAUGGCCUGUUGGCCAAUUCACGCUAUGAAGAACCAGUCCUGCCGCAAAUACGGCGGUCAUUUUCUCGGAGAGUCAAAAACAUUCGAAACGAACCCUCCGGGUUUGCUGUUCUGGUAGAUUUGUUUCUCGAAAUCGUGAGGGACAUCCGUCAGAUUAAUCAAACCCAACAACUUGUACUGGUAAUCUCUGACCCGGAGUCCUGCAUAACGGAUGUCUAUGGUAACAGCAUAUCGAAUCUCAUGGACUUUACAAAGUCAAGUUCGAGAACCAUCGCGAAUAUUAAAUGGAUAAUCAUCAGCCAAAAGUCCCCUUCAGCGAGCGAAUGGGGGCUUCAGAUAGCCGAUUUAGGAUUGAAGACGCUAAUCCUAAAUCCUAUUUCCACCGCAGCAGCACUUGGCCUUACUGGAUUCCUGAAGCAGAUCACUGAAACCGGUCGCAAACUCCGCAUAAUGUAUCAAAGCCUUGAUCAUAACCGAGUAUCUGGCGACGAAGUUUCCUCGUUCCGCCACUGCUCUGGGGCGAUAUUCUGGAUGAAGCCACACAAACCGGGGUCGAAGCAGGAGUCUCGUCUUUUGUGGUACCGACAGAAUAUUGCGUCACCAACAGCUGUGGCUUCGAGUUUCCUUGGUAUUCACGUUGCGUCGGAUCAGUUUGCAAUGGAAGAACAAUACUUUCCAAAGGUUUAUUUCUCGUUCGCCUCCUUGGUUUCGCCUGGAUCAACUCGCUUAUCUGAAACCGAGCCACAGAGUUUGCUCGCAAAAGCUCUCUGGGGCAUUGUUACCCAGCUACUUCUAUCAAUCUGCGGAUCCGAGUCUUCCAUGGCCGCAUUUAUGCUAUCACUUUCCCACAAGUCUUUGCAAGACUUGGUAAAAAUCCUUGGCUCUACAAUGGAUGCAGAAAAAAUCAAACCAUGGUCUCUAUCUACACUUUAUCCUGAGAGUGGCGAUCAAAUAGGGACUCCAGAAGUUAUGGAUGACAAAACCUGGCUGGAGAUGGCGAAGCCUUUAACUAGCAAUCAUCUAACGUUGCUGCGGAUUAUAAUGGCGUCCAUUCUUCAACGAGCUUAUCACAACAAAAAGAGCGCAGUCCUCGUACUCGAUAGUGUACAGCUCAUCCAACCAUCAGACUUCCAGCAACUUGUUGAUCUACUCCAAGAGGUGGGUCACGGUCUUCGAGUUCUGAUAUGUGUGAGCGCCUCGCCAGAGGACUUCGCAAGUGAAAAGGUGGGCUGGGGUUCGAUUUCAGAUGCUUGGGUUGAUAAAUCAACAGAGUACAAGGAGUGUCUACAGAGCCUCCGAUUCAACAGCAUGUAUCAACGGCAAUAUCAGAUUGUUGAUGCUUUAGCCGACACAAAUCAGUGGCUAUGGGUCAACGAGGAGUACAUGAAGUGGCGGGACGACGGUGGUCUUCUUUGGAUUUCUGGGAAAGCAGGAAGCGGCAAGUCGGUGCUUGCCAACACAAUCCUGCAGACUCUUCGCCAAAACCCCAAAGAGUGUCUGGAUGCCAACCCUUGGUCAGUCUGUGCAUGGUUCUAUUCGGCUCGAGGCGUCACCGGCGGAACACAGCAUGACUCGAUGCUCCGAACAUUGAUCUUCGAUAUCAUUGGAGACAACCUGGCCGCUUUCCACGCUAUGAAAGACAUCUAUCGAGAUCUGGUCAGGCAAUGUAAUGGUCUGGUUACCUGGCCUCUAGGUGUUUUGCAAAACGUCCUUCUACUACUCUCUGGUUCCUCUUCCAUACCCAACACGGUAGCAGUCAUUGACGCUUUCGAUGAGUCGGAAAAGGAUGACAAUCCUCAAAAUAUCCGGGCAAAUAUCACCGCAAUGUUCCGCCGACUCGUUAGCUUAUCUUCAGGACGGAUGCGAAUCAUCUUCCUCAGCAGGCCCGACGCUGACAUUGCCAAGGGGUUUCGAGAGUUCCGUCACAUUUCUGUUCAGGACAACAAUCGGAGAGAUAUCUUGAAAAUCAUAGACGAUGGCAUCUUCAAGAUACGAUCAGCUUGGAACAGGAUCAUAGACAACCCGGACUGGGAUGUUUCCGACGACAACGAACACCCAACAACGCCUGGCGCCGCUAGGGAUCAGAUAAUCCUACCAGCUGAAGUAGAGGCUGAGAUUAAUGACAUGAAGAAGUAUCUCAUUUCGAAGGCUUCCGGAGUAACACUCUGGGUGGUUCUCGUUCUGAAAGACCUUCAGAUUCGUUUACAAAGCCAAGAUUGCUUUACAAUCUCCGACCUCCGAAUGACCCUCGAAGCUUUGCCGGUGGAUCUGGAAGAUCUGUACCUUUACUUCCGCAUGAUGCAGGAAAGUCAAAUAUCCAAGAGCCCAAACCGUCCAUCUUACACCAAGCAAAUGUUAACAUGGAUCGUUGGGUCACAGCGGUGGUCACCUCUGCAGCUUGACGAGCUCUGGGAGGCGAUUGCAAUCUUUGGCCCAACCCACGUCCCAUGGUCUGAUGGCGAGACGGUUGAUGUUUCGAGGGGGUUUAUUGCCAGGAACAAGAUACAAUUCGGAAGAAGCUGGGAACGGGUUUAUCAUCUCAUUCACCAGCAUUGCGGCCUGCUGGUAGAAGUACACCGCGUAGAGGACCCGUCUGCGUCAGCUCGGGCCCACGGCAGAGUUGCAGGCCUGGGCGCUUCGGCAAAUUGGACUGUCCAGCUCGCACACGAGACUGUGAGGAAGUUCUUCAGAAACCCGAAAAAGAGCGGGCAUCUCUUCAUUGACAUCGAGGCUGCUGAGAUAAUGGUCGCCACCACAUCAUACUUAUACUUGGGGGUUGCCCGAUCUCCGCAGAUAACAGCCCCCGACCCCAAAUUGAGCGCUCAAGUCAAGACGGACGUACUGGAGCUCAUGAUGAGCUCUGUAUCGACAGCUUCGGGCUUCGAGCCUCAGUUUUUAGCUCUCGCGGAGUUUCUUCGCACUCGACCGCUCGCUCGCUUCGCGUUACAAGUUAUACAUCGAACCAGUUCUGAAGGUUCCUUUUUGCGCAUCCUGAAGGAAUGCGACGACGGCUUUUUGGCAGCCCAGGAUCGUUUCAUCACCCACUGGGUUGCGGAUCUGUGCUUCACUCCUGUCACCCCCGAGACCGGCAUACGGGACUUCAUUCGUUACUGUUGCUCCAAUGGCCGCGGUGACUUCUUUGCCUACAUCAGCGGCCUCACAGAAAAGUACAGUCAACAUUCUUGCGAGCAGUCAUACGGGAGGGCACAUCGGUUGCGCGAUGAUCGUCGUUACGAGAUUGUUGGCGGCGCAAUCGAGACCUUGGCAAUGGUUCCGGCUGAAUACUGGACUUGCUUUCGAUUCGUUGCAGAAACUUUGUUUGAGGAAAUCGUUCGAAUCACUGGAAGUCCGGUGUCCUUUGGCCGGAUGGACCGGCGCUACACCCGUUCCUUCGGCCCGUUUUGUAUCGCCCAAGGUCUAGAGCUACUUUUCGACAUGCGUUGGUCACUGUCCUGA